GACAUGUCAAAGGCUCUUAGCCAUUAACGUUACUUACUGCUCAAUUGCACCAUCUCAUUAACCAACCUUCAAACAUGCUGCGAUUGCAGAUGGAGGGCUACACCCAAUAUUGGACAUGUUGUUGCGGACCUAUCGACGCUCUCGCAAGCGCAGGCUGCUCUGGGUGGCAUUCUACCUGACCCUCGCAGCACUCACCUUCGACGUCCUCACCAUCCUCAAACAAUACCGCGAAUUCUCUCGAAACCUCGUCUCCCAUACCUUCACCGAGCCAUCGACUCUGCCAUCGCCAAUACAGAACCAGAAGAUCUUCAUAUGCGCUCAAUUCUGGACGAGCGCACAAGUCAUUCAAGACCGAUGGGGCCAGGCACUACUUGAUCUAAUUGGAGUCUUGGGCAAGCAAAACGUCUACGUGAGCAUAUAUGAGAGCGGAAGCCUAGACAACACGAAAGAUAUACUACGGGAACUGGAAAAAGUCCUGGUGGAAAACAACAUCCCGCGAUCAGUCAUACUCGAUCCGACCACGCAUGAAGACGAGGUCAAUGCAGGUCCGUUAGACGAGCAGGGCACACCACGCUCGGGAUGGAUUCAAACCACCACCGUCGGAGUGGGCAAGGAAAUGCGCCGGAUCCCAUACCUUGCUCGCCUCCGCAACAAAUCUUUGAAACCUCUCUUCGACAUGCACUCCCAAGGUCAAGACUAUGACAAGAUCCUGUUUCUCAACGACGUCGUCUUCCGCCCCAGCGACGUGUUGUCUCUGCUCGCCACGAACCAAGGCUCCUUCUCCGCCGCGUGUGCGAUGGACUUCCACUACCCACCAGCCUAUUACGAUACUUUCGCUCUACGCGACAGCGAAGGCUACGGCAGUAUCAUGACUUCCUUCCCAUACUUCCGCAGCCCAGACUCACGCGAGGCCAUGCUACAAGGUCGCGCGACGAAAGUCCAAUCCUGCUGGAAUGGCAUGAUCGCCAUGGACACAGGGUCCUUCUACGAGGGCCUGCGCUUCCGUGCAUUGCCAGAUAGUUUGGCGUCCAAGCAUCUCGAGGCCAGCGAGUGUUGCCUCAUCCACACGGACAUGACGGCCAUGAACCUCGCCGGAAACGGCAUUUACAUGAACCCGUCUGUCCGAGUGGGCUACACGGUCGACGCGUAUAACUUGACGCAUGCCGGGCCAGAGAAGACAUUCGUCUCCUCGACGCAGUAUGUGGAAGGAGUAUGGCUGAACCGCAUCAGGCGCACUGUCCUGCCGACGGUGCCGAAGGUAAUGAAAGAAAUCGACAGGAAAAUCGCUCGGUGGAAGAAGGAAGGCGAGAACUCGCUUGAGAAGCGCGAGGAGACUGGUCAAUUGUGCAUUAUUGAUGAACAGCACAUCUUGAUCUGGAAUGGGUGGAAGCAUGUCUAGACUCUGGAAAGGCGGGGUGACCCGCUCGGACACACGAUAAACAUACCAGGAAACAUAGAAUGCGUGCUUGCGACCUUUUGGGAGCCGGCAUUCAGGAAGUUUCUAGCGCUACCCAAAGGUCUCACCAGAAUUGAACAUCACUUUCCGAGCACUUGCAGUGGGCUAGUUCUUCAUAAGUGAGGCGUGUUCCCUUUCGUCUCGGUCGCAGGUAUUCAGAGAUAAAAAAGCCUGACACUCGCUUCGAACCCCCACCGUCAGCGAGGUGUGCGCUGACUUU